UCAACGGAGCCAUUUUUACAAUUUUCACUUUAAAGGGACCCAAAAAUACAAAAAAAAAACCGUUCAAACCACCAAGCAACCAAUUUCAAUCGGGUUUUUUUUGGGUAUGUUCUUGCUCCAUUUUUGGAUGCCCUUAUUAUAUGUGAAUAGGUUGUUUCCUAAGCAUUGUUGUAGUCUUGGCGUAGCUUGAGUUAGGUAUUAUGUUUAUGUAUCAUAAGCAUUUUUGUGAAUGCCCUUUCUUUGUGAUUUGAAUAAUUUGAUUUACGAAAAUGCAAUAUUUUUUAGGAAGUUAGGAAGUAUUCUUGUUAUCACCAUUUUGAAAUCAUUAUGUUUCUGAUUAAUUUAAGAAUGCAAAAUGAAUGUUUACUAUCACAAUUGAUAGACUUUGUUUACAACAUAAAAGUAGAAUUUAAUCUGAACUAGUAAUUUUGUAGAGGGGUGUGUAUGAUAGUGUACUAUAUGCAUAUGAGAAAGUAGUGAUAGAAGAGGGUGGUGGAGAACUUUAUAUAGAAGCAAUUUGACCCGUAUAGGACUAACCUUGCUUUCUUCAAUGUUGUGGUUAAACUUAUGAUGCAAAGAAAAAAAUGAGAAACCGAGAGGAAAAAAAAGGUUGUAGAAAACCAUUUAAUAUACUAGAAUUGUUUUUUUCUUUUAUAUUCAAAGAAUAUAACAUAAAGAGAAGCAAAUGUAUCUGUUAUGCUUUAUGUAUAUAAUAUAGAAAAAAUAGAUAUUUGGGUAUGGUGUUUGGUGUUAUGUUAUUUGAAUAUGGUGGGUGGAAAGAAUCGUUUUCCAUUAUAAUAAACUAAGAGUGAAAAUAUGUAUUUAUAGUUUUUGCAUGCAAACAUCCCAACCAUGCUCACAAGAACACAAUGGCAGCAUAGUAUGUUGGGACAGUGAAAGACUAUGCCUGCACGGAAACUUGUUUUCUUCGCAUGCAUGGAAUGUUUAAUGGAGAUUGAAUGUGCGUUAAAGUUGAUAUUUGAAAUGGUUCCUAUGAAAGUUAAUCACAAGGUUUUUGAAAGACCAUUGCAAUAUGAUACGAAGGUUUACCAUGGCUACACUAACAAGAAGUACUCCCUCACUCAACUAACCCCAAAGGAAAGGAAAGUUCAUGAAAACCAUCAGAUGAUGAAAAAGAAAAGAGAACAAGAAAUAGAAAUCUUUCAUUGGAAGUACAAACAAUGAAAAAAUCAUUUUAUUAGCAAAUUAUGUUUGUGUUCUUCUUACCCUUUAGAUUUAAAGACACACAGUAAGCAUUUCAGACAAUAUGAAAACCAAGUCAAAGAAUCUCUACUGUAAAAAGAAAUAUAAUUAAUAUCAAGAAAAUUCGAGAACAAAUCUUCUUAAUAAAAGAAUAAUGAGAAGCAAAUCUUCAAUUAAAAAUAUGUAAACCCUAAUUAAUGAGAACAUGUCCUGGGAGAAGUCCCGAGUCUCUUCUUGGGGACUUGGAGUGCACGCGCGUACUCUUAGGCUAUAAAAGGAAACGCAAACCCUCAUUUUUUUCCAUACACAGCUUCAAGAACAUAAGGCACUACUUUCUUUUGUCGCCCCCAACCCUAGAAUAUAUAAUCUAUCUGUCCAAGAUAUUGAAGGAGCUUCUUUCUAUUGUUUUCGUCUUGUAAGGGGUUGGGGGCGGCCAACUUUCCUUAACAUCUUGGGGCACACCAGAUCUGCCACUGUUAGUAGUGCAUUUAUUUUACGCACAAAAAGAUGGGAAACAACAACGUUGCUUGUUUUCACCGUCAUAGAGGGAGUUUUCCAUUUCCAUGUCUUUUUCAACUGGGAACACAUGCUACCAUCAACAUGACCCCAUCUACCACUCACACGUUUAAUGAUGGAUCAUUUUCUGAAAAGAGAGAAGUUUCAUACACCGUUGAAGGGUCCACGUGCAAUCUCGCGUUAGCAAGAUGUGUUUACAGAGAUGGUAGUGUUGACUUGUUAACAUUCUUAAUCCAUGACAGUAUAAUAUGUUCAAACAGUAUGGAAAUGUUAUACCUGCAAAUAUAUAAAACCAACACUGGUUUUCUUCACAUGAUCGACUUUAAAUCUAAUGGUAGCUCCAUCCCGUGGACGAAGACGAAGAAAACCGUUCAUCCAUACGGUGAUGUUACAGACACUAAGGUUUACUUGUAUGCCAGUGCAAACAGGUCUGGUCUUCUUAUUUGGAAGUGCAAGAAAACCGCUUAUCAUGAGGAUGCUAAGGAAGUGACUAUGGCACACUAUUUUGUUAAUGGCAACGGAACAACGGUUGUUAACAGAUCAAUUGAAACAACAAAUGUUGGAUUUUCUGUUUUGGUAAAGGUUGGAGUUUGUGAUGGUAAAUUUGAUAUAAUAUCGGAGGGUCCUGAGCAACAUCCUGUUUCAGCAUUAUUAUACAUGUUCAAUCAAGUGAAUGAAAGUGGGAUUUGGAAGCCAAGCAUGUGUCCUGAUUGUGGUAAGCAUAGCCAAGUGUCUUGGCAGUCUGAUUUUGAAGACAACGAUGGUGUUUCCUUACCACCACCUCAAGGCAGUAGACAAAAUGUAGUAACCAUUGUCAAUGAUGGAAGGUUCAGAGGGCAUGCUCCCGGUGCUUCCAUCAGAUGUAUGAAUUUCAAUGCUUAUAAUUGAGGAAAACCCUUACUUGAUGUAUGUUAAAGUUUGAAUGUACUACAAAAUGUAUCUCAACUGAGAAAAUAAUGGAGAGAGAUCUGGUUCUUA